AUGGCUGACUCCGUGGCAUUAGGCGAGCUGUUCAAUCAGCAACGGCCUGCGCGGCGCGGAGAAAAGACAUAUGGCAAGAAGAAAUCGGCCAUGUCCCAGUUAAGGGCAGUGCAUUUGGACCUAUUUGGCGGAGGGCACGAAAACAUGGCGCUGGAAAAAUUGGCAGAGUUGACACUCGAUGACCCAAAAGCAGACGCUGUAGAAAAGAAAACGGCUGCAGAAUCUGUCCCCGCACCUGAAAAAAAGAGCAAGACUGAGCUCAAUCCUCGCUUUCGAGGACGGAGGAAAGUCCAUGCCUCUAAAAAGAUCGCGAAACUCACACAGGAGAAGGUUGAAUCUUUAGGUCCGUUACUGUCCCUGAUCAAAGGGCAAGUUCAAGAUUUCCACGAGUUUGGGAGGAGCAUAGGGAAAAGAUAUGACUGCACGAAACUCGGCGAAGGUGCAUUCGCCGAUGUGUUCAAGCUCAAAGCGAAGACUUCCGAAGAAGCAGUUGAACUGAAUCGAUACGGUGGUCUUGUCAUCAAGGUUAUCCCAUUCAACGUCGAGAACGACGCCAAGGAUGAAAUUGCUGACCUCGAAUCCGUGACUCGAGAGGUUAGAGUGUUGCAGGCCCUAGACCCAUUGCACGGUUUCGCACGAUGUCGAGGUGUCCAUGUUGUCAGUGGCAAAUAUCCAGAUGUCCUUUCCGAAGCAUUCAGCUUAUACAAAACGACCGACCCACACGAGGCCAUCAACCCUGAUCCGACCAGCAAUUUGCCCCCGGAGCAACUGUAUGUGGUCAUUGAGAUGAACGAUGCAGGUUGUCCACUAUCCAAGCUGCCAUCGAUGUCAGCUUUCCAGGCUUUUGAUAGUUUUUGGACGUCUGCAAUGAUCCUUUCAAUGGCGGAGCACAAGCUUGAAUUCGAACACAGAGAUUUGCAUAAUGGCAAUAUCUGCUUUAAACCCAGGGACGUGGAGACACGAUAUGAUGUUGCACAGAAGCUUGUCGAGGACAUGAAGGAAGUGCCAGAAGUGACACUUGGACUGUCGAAUCUAGCAAUCACUAUCAUCGACUAUACCCUUGCACGAGCCAGAAUCAGCGAUGGGGAGUGCGAUAUCGUCGUGUUCGACCCGAUAGUGUUCUGGGAUGCCAAUGAUGCUCAAGGGGAGUCCAAGUCGGACGCAAAACAAUACGACACUUAUAGGAAAGUACGAGACUGGGCAAAGAGAAUCGAGGAAGAAUCCGAGAUUGAAGCGCAGUCAGGUGGAACGAAGAACCAGACAGUGGAUAAAUACAGUCGGUUCCUACCGAAAUCCAAUGUGAUGUGGUUAGGAUACUUGGUGACAGACCUGUUGUCGAGAAGAAGUGAGGGCCGAGGGGCUUGUGUGCAAGGAAGCAGCCGAGCAGCAAAGAAACUGCAGCUCAACAUGUGGAAAACACUGGAGGCUGUGGACGCGUAUAUCAACAAGACGCCUGCAGCUCAACUGCCGCAGAGCACAGACGAGCUUCUGAGUGUAGCCGUGGAGCAACGAUGGCUGACACCGGCGGAUAUUGAAGCAUUUAGUACUCAACUGGAGACUUGA